GGACUGACUGAGCACGGCAUUCUUUAUAUGCAUUUCUACACAAGCAAUGACUGCAAAAACGAAGCUUUUGCAUUGGACAGAUGGACACUUUCGGGAGGAGUUUUCCAUCUCUGAACAUCCCAGGCUGACCCGGAGUGACCCGCGGGCCUGGAUGACCUCUGCGGCUCCUGAGUACUCCUCUGCCGUGGAGAAUUACGCACGCACCGCCGCUGAUUCUCCAAUGGAAAAGUACAUAUCUAGCCCUCAAGCUGCCUCUGAAGAUCAUCAUGCAGGAUCUAAAGCUCGUCCUGGGAGUAAAGCAUCUGUCAGUGGCCCUCAGAGACACAGGCGCGUGGCCGCAAAUGCGCGUGAACGGCGGAGAAUGCACGGUUUGAACCGGGCGUUUGACAAGCUGAGAAGCGUCAUUCCUUCAUUGGAGAAUGAGAAAAAACUAUCAAAGUAUGACACUCUUCAGAUGGCCCAGAUUUACAUCACUGAGCUCUCCGAGCUGCUGGAAGGAGUGGUGCAGUCUGGUGCACCAGGGAGCCAGAGGACCGCAAUCCCGUACGCUAUUGACGCAACUUCGGGUAACUUCGCUACGGAAAAACACGACAGCACGAACAACGCGAGUGAUGGAGAGUCUUCACAUUUCAGCGACACUGAAGAAGGACACACUGGAGGACGCUGAUUACCACACAUUAAAUGCUAUAGUCAUUUAUAGUACAUAUUCUAGUGUUUUUAAAUCAGGCAGUACUUGAUAUGGGAAAAUAGUUACGCAGCAUUAAUAUAGCCUAUAAUCAAUCAUGUAAACUCAGCACACGUCAA